AUCAAUGUGUAGGUUAGUAUUUUUCCAUAACAAAGAACUGUCUUUUACAAUCUAUAGGCAAAUUUUAAUAAAAAAUUUUCUGUUUCUCGCGGAUGAUGUUUAAACCAUGCACUUCUGCGUUAUUGAUCACUUCAAUUUUCGAACCACUGAUGAUAUUUCAAAGGGAAGCUUGUAAUUAUUCAACCUACAAAUAAUAUCACUAGCUUUAUUUAUCUUAUAAGGUGAGUCAAAGAUAAUGGAUGCCUUUGUUGCAGUUGGAACAUUAAAAACAAUGCUCUCGAGAGUAACACUAACGAAGUUUACGAGUUUCUGGAGAUUUCGAGCAAAGAGUCGAACUUGCUUUCUGCAUGCGUAUUAAUGCUCCUCAAUUCGUUCAUACCAGUACCUAUCUUACGGAUGAGGAACGAAUUGGUUAAAUCUACAGACUGUAUCAGUUAUUUCAAAACCUGGAUCGACCCUAAUAAUAGUCCUCAACAAAAUUUCAGUAUUACAGAGGCUUAACCGGCUUCCAUUAACCCUCACAUAUGCUGUGAAUAUAAUGUUUAGCUGUGUACCAGCAGGCAGAUAUAUGGCUCCACAGUUCAUUCAAUUCUGUUAUAUGGCUUUUAUAUAUAGUUAUCAACAGUAAGACGUCUACAUACACCACGAGUAUUCAGUCACAAGUCUAGCAAUAGAACCACCAGUUGUUUAAAUGUCAAUUGUGUUUUUGGUGCAUACAUGCACACUUUCAAUGAACUAUAUAAUUGAAAAUGAUCUUGUGUACAACGAAUAUCUGCUAAUGGCAUAUGAAACAUGUAUUAAUCCAUCACUAUUUAGUACAUAGUUUAAAAAAUAUAUAAAACAUAUUGUACAGUAAACUAUUAUAAUACUCGAGUGAUUUACCUGUAUGCUUCUUAUUGUUAAUUUAUCCAGUUCAUCAUCGUUUCUUUCUCAAAUCACGGUGUAUAACUAUUUUUCCCAUUGUUUACUAUCAACAAUUCGAAGAUUACGUCUGUUGAACACUAAAUAUCAAUCUAUAGCAUUCACGUUAUAUUUUACUGUUGAAAUUAUUUUCUUUAAAUUAUUAUUUUUACUAAUUUCGGUAUUCCGGUGUAUCUAUCAGAAACGAUAUCAUGAUUCUUCUGGGCAAAAGGAAUCUGAACUUACAGUGGAUGCAGAAAAAAUAAUACAUGUAGACAAAUCUUCUACGAUACAAAAAAAUUAUGCUUCAUUAACUAAUGCUGAAAAUUUAGACAACCUUACCAAUAAUAAAACUUCGCUGCUUGGACUUUUAAAAUUUUGCGGCAUUUCUACUGAUUGUUGCCCAAUACUUCAAUUGCAUACAAAAACUCCUGACAAUACUAUUCGGUUGAAUUCACCUAGUAAACAAUAUGGUACAAACUCAUUGGAUGGUACUGCUGAUUCAAUUCAAGAACCGAAGAAUUUGGAAUCUGUUAUAAAAAAGUCUCCCGUAUCACUUUCUCCAUCAAUCGCUAAUCGUCGACAUCUGACACCUCCUCCACGUUUAGUUACUUCUUCGUUCAUGGCAACCAGUCCACCAGUUGAAACUCAGUUGUAUCAUAUUCAACCUAAAGAAUAUGUAUUCAAUCAAGCAUGUAAACCAAUACCUAGUUCACUUAUGUUACAGAAUAAUAGUUUGGGUACAUUCACACUUACUCCAACACAACUUUUGCAUAAUCCACUGAUAUUAAAUACAUCAGCUGAUGUUUUACAUUCUCAUUGUACGCCGUGCGAAUCACAAUCUGCACCAUGUAGUCAAACUUUAAUUACAACACAACCGUUACCUUUAUUAAAUUUACCCUAUAGUCAUGUUGCCUGUCCCAAUUCAGAUACAGUUACUCAGGAAUUAAAUCAGUCGUCAUGUACUAACACUACUAAUUGUACUGGUGGUAGUACGCAAGUCCCGAAAACCUAUCCAGGCAUUGGAUUCACUGCGAGUCGUCGAGCGCGAUCCAAGGGUCUUUUGGAAAGUCGUCGAGGAUCACGUACAUCACUUACUUUAUCUUUAUCUCCGUCAAUUGAUUCCCCUACUCCUAGCUAUUCUGUAGGAUCAGCACAGUUUAGUGUAUUUGGUGGCAGUCUUGAUGAAGAUCCAUGCACAGCUGAAGUUUUGUCAGAAGAAAAUGAAUCUGGUAAUAAUAUUGAUUCUGUUAAUAAUAUUAAUAACUCAAACAUUUUACAUGAUAAUAGUGUGAAUAGUUCUAAUAAUAAUAAACAGGUAAACUCCCGGUGUAAUUAUUUACAAUCAUUAAAUUCUUUUUCACACACUACAAUUAUAUCAAAACAACAACAACAAAAUUUCACGACGACUAUUUCACCAUUAACAUCUUCAUCUGGUACGUGCAAUAAUGGCAUUGUUAAUUCUCAACACAAUAAUUCAAUUAAUGAUACUCAAAUUGGAUUAAUUAAUAAAGGACAAUAUUUUGUGAAUAAUCGAUGUAAUUACAUGUGUUUUCAUCAUCAUCAUCAUCAUCACCAUCAUCAUCAUCGGCAUCAUUUUCAUCAUUUUGCUAUACAUCAUUGUAAAUUAGACACUGGUUUCCCUUGUUCAUUAGGCAAUUUAACAUGUCAACGUAAUCGGGAUUUAGAACAAUUAAUAAAUGCUAGCCUACCAUUAACGUACGAUCAACUGAAAAUUAAACUACGCGAUAAUUCUACAGCUUUAUUUCAAGAGUUUUGGGAUAUUCCCAUGAAUCAUGCAGAUAAAAAAGAAUUGCCUAUACCUGGAAUUUGUCAUAAAAAUCGUUAUCAAUCUAUUCUUCCAAACUUCUCAACUCGUGUCAUAUUACCUGUCAUCAACAAUGACAUAACUUCCAGCUAUAUUAAUGCAAAUUAUAUUAAAGGUUAUAAAAGUCGUCCAAAUGCAUUUAUUGCUACUCAAGGUGUUAUGCCACAUACAAUAAAUGAUUUUUGGCGUAUGGUAUGGUAUUCUCAUGCACCGACCAUUGUUAUGAUUACGAAAUUGGUUGAAAAUAAAGAAGUUAAAUGUGAGUUGUAUUUACCUGAUUCUUCUGGUGAAGAGGAUGUAUUAUCAUUUGUGGAAAGUCAAUCAUUUACUACUAGUCCAUUAUUCAAAACUGAUCCAUGCACACCUGAUUCCGAUGCUAUGACCAAUAAUACUAAUACUGCUACUACUACUACUACUACCAAUAAUAAUAAUCCUUUAUCAUCUGUAACUUCUGCUGCAACAAAUCCUACACAGUUUACAAAUACUCCAACUAAUCCAUUAUUACCAAGUUUAUCAUCGCCGUUCUUUUCACAAUCUUCAACAUUAUCAUAUCAUUGUGAGCAUUCAAAUGAACAGUCCGAUAUUGAUACAACUAAUAUUAGCUCACCUAUUUCAACUGGUUCUAUUAUUGCUACAACUGCACCAACUGGAGUUCUCCGUAGUGGAAUAGAUACAUCAAAAUAUUUACACGAUAGUGGCAUAGCAAGUGUAGAUGACCAAUCUUCAAUAACAGAUAAUAGUAAUGUAAUAUUUUCUAACAAUAAUUAUAAAAAUAACAAUAACAUGACUGAUAAUCAAAACAGUGGAAAAUUAUCAAAUGAUCGAGGUAUAAAUUUUUAUCAAUCUAUAUCAUUGCCUGGUACCAGCAAAACAUUUGGAAAUAUAAGUGUUAGUGUGUUGUCAUUGGAAAGACAUGAUGGAUAUAUAGUACGUCAUCUGCGAUUAAGUUGUGGUACAGAAAAUAGAGAAGUUGUUCAUUUCUGGUAUGUUGCAUGGCCUGAUCAUUCAUCCCCUGAAGCUACCGCUUCUGUACGUAGUUUAAUUGAACUUGUACAAGCUGUUGAAACUUGUCGUAAAAAUGCUAGUUCAUUGUCAAAAGUAAAAUCAACAGAUAAAUCUGAAAUCGAUUCAAAUAAUACUGAUGAAGAUGUAAAUUUUACAUAUUGUAAAAAAUUACCAGAUUCUCAAUGUUUUCAUGCUUCAUCCUACCGUCCUAAAUUAGUUCCAUCUUUACAAAAAAUGGAAUUGGAUCAGUUGGGUCAUGAAGAUGCACCAAUUAUUGUACAUUGUAGCGCAGGUCUUGGUCGUACUGGUUGUUUUAUUGCUUUAUGUAUAGGUUGUGAACAACUCGAAAAAGAAGGUAUGGUUGAUGUAUUAAAAAUAGUUAGUCGGAUGAGAUUAGAUCGUGGCGGUAUGGUACAAAGUAAUGAACAAUAUGAAUUUAUUCAUCAUGUUUUAGCUGCUUAUCCACUAAAUAAAAAAACCGUCAAUGUGAAUCAUCCUCAUUUACCUGUGAUGUAAAACAUAUUGGUAGUUAGUUAAUGGUUUAUUUAAUUACACAAUAAAUGUUGCUUAUCAUUCUUCCUAUAUACUUUCAUUUAAUCAAGUCAUAUUAUGCACUAAAUUUCUACUGUGUAAAUACUUAAAUUUCCAUGCAUAUACCUUCUUAUAGCAUUUAUUGUUAUUUCAUUAGCUAAAUGUUAGCAAUUAUUCCGAGAUUAAAAUGCAAUAUAUAUAUAUAUAUAUAUAUA